AAUCGCUGGGUUUAUGUAGCCUCCUGUCCCGCUGUGACUUGCUCGGGUUCCUCCUCCCUUAAUUCUGCAUCAACACUAUUUAUCGACCAGCUAGUUUUGUAGCCUACAGUCUUUAUUUCCCAUUUCCGCUGCUGUGGAGGACGCUGCUCGCUCUACAGAGGUCAUAGAGCCAUGGGAACCAGGAGGGUGCUGGUGACUGGCUGCUCCUCAGGCAUUGGCUUGGCUGUGGCUGCACGGCUGGCCAAAGAUGAGCUCAGACGGUUUAAAGUGGUUGCCACAAUGAGGGAUCUUGGGAAACGAGGGCCCUUGGAGAAAGCGGCAGGUGACUCCUUAAACAAAACCUUGGAAAUCAAACAGUUAGAUGCCUGUUCUGAAUCCUCCAUCAGAGAGUGUGUCAACAGCCUGCCGGACAGACGGGUGGAUGUUCUUGUGAACAAUGCUGGUCUUGGUAUGAUUGGACCUCUGGAGUGCCAAAGCAUUGAUGCCAUGAAGGAGCUCUUUGACACAAACUUCUUUGGCCUGGCACGUCUGGUGAAAGAGGUCUUACCUGACAUGAAGCGGAGGCAGAGCGGCCAUAUUGUCGUGAUGAGCAGCGUCAUGGGAACACAGGGACUUCUUUUCAAUGACGUUUAUUCAGCCUCCAAAUUUGCUGUGGAAGGAUUUUGCGAAAGUCUGGCAGUGCAAGCGUUGAAGUUUAACAUCAAGACGACUCUAGUGGAACCUGGCCCUGUUGUUACAGAGUUUGAAAGAAAGGUGUAUGAAGACGCUGAGAGUAUGGAUCUUUCAGGGACGGAUAAGGAGACCGCCAAAAUCUUUCGUGAAAUUUACCUGCCGUACUCUAAAAAGAUUUUUGCCUCAUUAGGCCAGACACCAGAGGAAGUAGCUGAGCAAACCGUUAAAGUGAUCACAGACAAGGAACCCCCUCUGCGCCACCAGACAAACCGCCUGUACAUGCCCAUGACUGCACUGAAGCACGCUGAUCCCACUGGACGUCUGCCUCUGGAUUCCUUCUAUAAGAUGACCUUUAAACAUGACAAAGUGUUCAAUGCUACUCUAGCGAUGCUGCACUUACUGAAGAGAAUAGGAGGGAAGAAAUAAAGAUUUGAUGGCCAGGUUGGUUAUAAAAGUUAUUCCUAAGGAGACAGUUGUCACAGAUUUUUAAAUAUAACUUUUAACUGUAGGAUAAUGAUAUGUAUUAAUAGGAAGUUUAUAUGAUAAAUAUGUACAAUAACUAAUUUACCUCCUUUAUUGUUUUUAUGUAAUUUGUUUUGUUUUAAAUGUUUCUAUUGGCUUUUACAGGUAAACUUGAGAAAAUCAUAUCAUUAUGAAAAAAUGAAUACAAAUCUUGGUGUACAAAUUAUUCGAAAAAAUACGAUUUGGCGUAAUCGAUUGUCUGGAGAUCAGAUAGGUGUACAUUCAUCUUUGUGGCAAUAUAUUAGACAGUAGCUUUCGAUGGAGUUUCAAAUCACGGAAAUAUUAAUUAUAACAUGUUUUGUGAAUAUAAUGCACUCAAAUGCCUCAAAUUGGAUUUCAAACAUUGUGUAUUAACAUCAGUCCCAAAUACAGCAUUUAUUGUGCGGCUUUUGUGUUGGACAGAGAAGGUUACAUUUCAGACUAUAAAAAUAUUAAAUAAUUAAUCAUCUAACUGCAUUUUGAGUUUUAUUUACAUAACUAUUAUAAUGACGACCAUGAAUUAAUGAUCAACUGAUCACUGAAAACCAGAACACAAAAAAUGUAGUUCCCUAUAGUUUUAUUGUAAGUAACUUUACAACUUUUGACUGUAGAAAGAACACCGUGGAAAGCUUUUAGCUUUUAGUAUUUCAAACUACCUUUUUAAACAAGUAUAGAAAUUAAUAAUGAUAAUAAAAUAUCUAUGACUAAUAACACAAGACAAUAAAAUAUCAGUCACAGCCUCAGUUUCAAAUAAUGCUAAAUGAAGUACAUUUUAUUUUUGUCCUUUUUAGUACAUAACAAUCCUUUCAGAAACAUAAGAACUACCCAGAAAAAAACAUAUUUACAAACAGAAGUUGGGAGGUUGAAAUGUACAAAACACUUAGUGCGACCUGGUAGAGAAAUUGAAAGACCAGUUAUAUAUAAAAAACAAACAAACAAAACAGUUUCUUGUUAGUAAAAUGUGAACUGUUCAUAGGGACAACAACAUGUUUCCCAGGUCUGAUAAAACAGUAACUGAGGCUAUGGUGAACAGGAUAAAACAAUGAAUGAAAGAUAAACUCUAUGACACAACUAGGGGCAGUGUUAGGCCACAUCAACGGUAGUAGCUAGGAAUGAUGGCCUGCUAAUUUCUGUUUAUGACAUCCUAAGAUGAAAAUGCAAUGGUUACUUUUCAAAAUGCUACAAUUAUCAAUUGACUUUAUGUUGAAAUGUCCAUACUACGUUAGGGAGAGGAUUACCUUUAUCCAUAAAUCUCAGGUCAUGUGGGGGUAAAGCGUCGGUCAGACAUAAUACAAGGUGUCAGCUGGAUGACUGGGAGUGUCAUCUCAGAUUUGUAUAAAAGGUUUAAGGGGACAGCACUACAUAGUAGUGUUCUUUCCUUCAGUCUCUUCUAACAAUCAUCUUAAGAUGCAUCUCCACUGCCCCUGGACUGGGAGCUACUGUAGAUGCAAGGGAACCGUUCCAUUGCAUGCCAUAAAACACCUCCCUGAGGAGUGACAGGGCGUCAGCAGUCGCAGCCCAGCAGUUACACCCUCACACUGACCACUACUCCACCACGGACACUACCAGAGACCAGGCAAGAGUUUCAACAAGACCUACACUGCUGCAGAUAAUCAAGGAAUGUUUCCAUUUAGUCCACUAAAGGACACUAGGUGGACUUCUGCCUGUCAGUCGUCUGUUUCUACUGUGUUGGAUGAUGCUGCUGAAAGGCACAUCGUACACACUUAACAAGACAGGCAGAAUGGAGGAAUGCUUGCAGGGAAGAGUGAUAUAAAAUAGCAGCUGAUAAGCAUAGCUUAGUACAUCCGAAGUGAUAUUGAGAAAAGGUAUCCAUGGUUUUCACAAACAAACAGAGUAUAAAUCGACCGUAACAAACAAAAAAAAGAACACAAACUAAAGGGCAGUGAGAGGCUGAUUUUAAAGGCAAAGCAAUACAGGUGACAGUAACAUUGGAGGUAAGAGUCCCAUAGAAGCAGUGGGAAACAACAGAUUACACCUACACCUGUACUCUUACAAUUACUUUUGAAAGUUCAUAGCAACAAUUACCAUGUAUUAAAUGCCACCCAUAUAUUA